UUUCUGUUUUUAGUUGCAGGCAACUUGAUUGAAGAAAUUCUUAAGAUUAUGAAGUGAUGAGUGACGUCGACGAUCCAGCUGAAAGUCUACCCAAGUACUGUGACUUCUUUAAAUACUUGCUAGUGGAGGAGUUGGUUCUUGAGCCCGAUUAUCGGCAGAUACAUUACGGAAAAUGCGCAAUAAUUGGACGCUUGUGUGCAAUUCCGGAUUAUUUUAAACUAGAAAACGUGACCGUACCCCACCUCCCAAGUGCCUACAAGCUGCCCACUGGCUCGGUGUCCUUGCUGCUGUUGAACUUCACCUAUGACAACACUGGCGUCGAAAAGUUAACGCACGGCAGCUAUUGCAUUGUGCGCGGCGAGAUCUUGCUAUGCAACGUUAAGCAGCCGAACAGUCCAACGUUGACCACACGAGGUUUGCAUGAACAGUUGCUGAAGCUGGAGGACAACGAAGAGGCACGUUUAACAUUUCUAGAGCAGGUGCGGAAAACUUAUAGUCCGGCUUUGAGUGUGUGGCACACGAAUCGCAUCGAUCAGGCCGAGGAGCUGCUGCAACGUCGACUCGAGAUGCGAAUGCUGUGCAGGGCGAGACAGUGAGAUGAACUCGCAUUAUUUGAGUACAUCGCGCAACAAUCCUCAGCUUUACGCGUUUUCGCAGCUCUUUGAGUCAUCCGGCUACGUCGAUUUGCAGCCGGAGUGGAAGGAGCAGGUGCAGCAAACAGCUUGGCUUGAAUUCUGGCGACGUGAGGGGCACGAAUUGCUCGAGGUGAACUGGCACAGGCAACAUCCCGACUACAAGUUGGCAAUUGAGCUGGCCAGCGUUGAGGAGCGCGCAUCCUGGCAACAAUUGUGGGAGGAACACGCCUCCGAUCAGAGCGCAGUCUUCUGGCAUAUUUUUAGCUGUGCCCUCGAUAACUAUGAACAGGAUCUGAUAAAUGGACUGCGAGGCGUUGAGCAAUCCUUAAAAGAAAUAGAUGAGAACUUGACACACUUGUAUAUUGAGCGAAGCGAGAGCAGCGAUUCAGAGUCGCUCGACGAUGAGCAGCAGCAGCUAAGAUUGCUUGGCCUGCCUACGUCAUUUGGUGUACAAACUGAGAGGAUUAAGCAUAAAUCAAAGCGGCAACCUGCCAACGAAUCGGAAAGUGAAUGCGACGCCAAUUCACUUAAUAUGGACAACGAUAACAACGAGAUUCUGCACGCUGUGCAAACGCGGACCAUCAAGAAAACUAAAGACAAGAAGAAGAACAACAAAUCGAGAAUACCACAUUUUAUGAGAGACAAUGAGAAACCGUUGUUAAAGUAUUGGUUAAAGCGCUUUUCACUGUUUUCCCGCUUUGAUCAGGGCAUACAAUUGGAUCCAGAAAGUUGGUACUCUGUGACACCAGAAAAAGUUGCGAGGCAAACGGCCCGUCGACUGGCCUGCGAUGUCAUCGUGGAUGCCUUCUGCGGAUGCGGCGGCAACGCCAUACAAUUUGCCAAGACUUGCGGCCGGGUAAUCGCCAUUGACAUAGAUGCCGGUAAAUUGGCGAUGGCAAAGCAUAAUGCUGGCAUUUAUGGGGUGGCGCACAAGAUUGACUUUAUACAGGCGGAUUUCCUGCAGUUUGCCAGCAGCACCAGCUUGCGACCAGACGUAGUUUUCCUUAGUCCGCCGUGGGGUGGGCCGGAUUAUCUGAAGCAAGCCAAUUUUGAUAUUGAGCAGUGUCUGUUGCCGCUGGGCGCCAAACAGUUGAUUCAAUAUGCGCGACGUCUUACGAACAACAUUGGAUUCUUUCUGCCCCGCAACUCGAACCUUAAGCAGGUGAUUGCACUCACCCACCCGGGCCAGCAAUGCGAGAUGGAGUACAACUAUUUGAAUGUUCGUCUGGUUGCGAUAACAGCGUACUAUGGCGAUAGCUUGAUUAUUCCCAAAAAAUAAGUUUUAAAAUUAGUCUUAGCAUUUUAGUACCAAAAGUACAUAGGAACGAGUUAAAUUACUUACAUAAUAUCAAAUAAAAUAUAAUAUAAUGUAUAAA